AUGAUCCAGGCUAUUUGGCCUAGUUAUGCCAAUUUACCGAACUCAAUGCCUGCUAGUGCUGGAGUGACCACAAAAGAUUUUGUGAGCUUCUUUCUCUUCUGGCUCGGAUCACUACCCGCUCUUUGGUUCCCAAUUUAUAAAAUCCGUCAUCUUUUUACGGUCAAGGCAUAUUUCUCCCCGGCGUGUGCUAUCGCAUUCUUUGGGUGGGCCAUUGCCCGAGCCCACGGACUCGGCCCUAUUAUGACUCAGUCAAAUACUGCUCACGGAAGCGCACUUGCUUGGGUAUUUGUGAAAAGUAUUAUGAAUUGCAUUGCCAACUUCGCUGCUUUAGUCAUUAAUAAUCCUGACUUCGCGAGAUAUGCCCGCAAGCCGCAAGAUGCUCUCUGGCCGCAACUAAUCACAAUUCCUGUUGGAUUUGCCAUCACUUCAUUCAUUGGAAUUGUUGUUUCUUCUUCAUCAAAUGUCAUUUUUAACCAAUCUGUCUGGAAUCCAUUGACUCUUUUAGGGAUGUUCUUGGAAGAUGCUAGCUCGGCGGAAAGAUUUGGCAUUUUUGUUAUUGCCAGCGGAUUUGCUUUGGCACAGCUGGGAACAAACAUUGCGGCCAAUUCGGUUUCUGCUGGAACGAAUUUAACAGCUUUACUGCCACGAUUCUGUACAAUCAGACGCGGCGGUUAUAUUUGCGCCGCUAUUGGGCUUGCUAUGUGUCCCUGGACCCUCGUCGCAUCAUCUAAUAAGUUUACCCUAUACCUCUCUGCGUAUUCCGUUUUCUUAUCGGCGAUCGCUGGGGUGAUGGCCAGCGACUACUAUCUGGUGCGCAAGGGUUAUUUGGAAAUCCAUGAACUAUACAGUGCCAGCCGUGAUGGCCCUUAUUAUGGGACAUUUGGUAUAUCGUGGCAUGGAUAUGCCGCUUAUUUCAGUGGCAUUUUGGUUAACAUUGUCGGGUUUGCUGGUGCGGUGGGGGUCAAUGUUCCAGUCGGUGCAGUAUACGUUUAUGAUGUCAACUAUUUUUCCGGGUUUAUUGUGUCCGGUGGAGUGUACUGGCUGCUUGCUAAGUACGUGGUUCCCAUUCCUGCGACGAGUGAGACAUGGAACGAAAUCCCAUAUGAAGUGGACACCCCGCUUGAUGAGGAGAAGAAAGUGGGGGACUCCACAGUGGAGCACCAGGAGUGA